UGGACCAAUGCAGAAGCUAAGUGCCCAGUAACCAAUGAAACCCCGCCCUGGGCGGGAUUAAGGAUAAGAACGGGCCGCCGAUUGGACAGAGGUACGCUGCGAAUGGCGGGGACGCUGAGACGGGUGCUAAACUCGGGCAGCGCGGCUGGGCCCGGGGAGGAGAACACAGCUGAGGCCGAAUCGCCUUUGCUGCUGCUCGGUGGUCCAGGCUCUGGAAAGACAGCACUGCUAUUCGCGGCGGCCCUGGAGGCGGCAGGGGAAGGCCGAGGCCCCGUCCUCUUCCUGACGCGGAGGCCUCUGCAAAGCCUACCCCGCCGGACUGGAGUAGCGCUCGAACCCCUACGGCUGCAGAAGAUCCGCUUCCAGUACCCACCCUCAACCCGUGAGCUCCUCCGGCUCCUGUGUUCUGCCCAUGAGGUCCAGGGGCCAGCCCCCUCCCUCCUGCUGCUCGAUGGCUUGGAAGAGUACCUAGCGGAAGACCCGGGGCCCCAGGAAGCCGCCUAUCUGGCUGCCCUGCUUCUGGACACAGCUGCCCACUUCAGCCACCGGAUUGGGUCUGGCCGGGGCUGUGGGCUCAUUGUGGCCCUCCAGACCGAGGACGAGGGAGACACUGGAAAUGCCCCGCAUCUGGAACUGCUGCAGAGGUAUUUCCCUGCCCAGUGCUGGCUGCAGCCCGAUGCACCAGGCCCAGGACAGCGGUGCCUCCGAGCCUGCCUGGAGCCAGGUGGCCUGGGCCUCAGGGCAGAGUGGUGGGUGACUUUCCGACCAGAUGGAGAGAUGACAGUCACCCCGUGGCCCACCCAGGCUGAUGACACCAACUCGCACAAGGGUUCAAGCUCUGGAGGCCAACCUUGAGCUUUGGUGUGUGACAACCUCUGGAUGCCUCAGUUUCCAUGGCUGGAAUACCUACCUCAGGGACAGAUGCAGAUUCAGAGACCUAAAGAUUAUAAAGUGCUUUUUCUCUCAUACACAUAGCAUUAUCUUGUACAUAUUGUUUAAUUUUGCUGUUUUCAACUUGAUAAAAAGAGUUUCUUGAUAAAUGUAUUCUGAGACUUC